CACACACACACACACACACACACACACACUCAGUGAGGGGCAAUGCAACUGAAGUGAGCAGGUUUCGUGAUGGCUGCCUUAAAUCCGAUGGAGUGGAUCAGGAAGAGCAGGGGCUCACGGCGCCUCGUGCUGGUGGUGGUGUGUGUGGCUCUGCUGUUGGAUAACAUGUUGCUGACUGUCGUCGUUCCCAUCAUCCCAACCUUCCUGUAUGCCAUGGAGCAUCAACCGGGUCAACUUUCCUCCUCCUCCUCUUCCUCCCCUUCCUCUCUGUCUCCUCCCACCAUGGACCAGCCCACCUUCUCCUCCAUCAUUUCUCUGUAUGACAACGUGACCUACACUAACACCAACACUAAUGCCGUGACCCAGGAUAACCUCAGGGACUCAACUGUCGCUUCAAUCUCCAACGGGAACGCCAGCGUCUCUGACUCGCCCCACUGCAGGGAUGACAGGAAGUUUCUAGAGGAAGAGAACGUUAGAGUGGGCCUCAUGUUUGCUUCCAAAGCUAUCGUGCAGCUUCUGGUCAACCCCUUCGUGGGUCCACUGACCAACAGGAUCGGGUACCAUAUACCCAUGUUUGCUGGGUUCGUCAUCAUGUUCGUCUCCACCUUAAUGUUUGCUUUCUCAGAGACAUACACUUUGCUGUUUUUCGCUCGUUCCCUCCAGGGCAUCGGCUCCUCCUUCUCUUCGGUUGCAGGACUGGGCAUGCUGGCCAGCGUGUACACUGAUGAUAACGAGAGAGGGGUUGCCAUGGGGAUAGCAUUAGGAGGACUCGCCAUGGGUGUGCUCAUCGGCGCUCCUUUCGGCAGCGUCAUGUACGAGUUUGUAGGUAAAAGCUCUCCGUUCCUCAUCCUGGCGUUCCUCGCUCUGUUUGAUGGAGCACUCCAGCUUUGUAUCCUGCAGCCCUCCAAAAUAUCUCCCGGGAGUGUGGAGGGUACACCACUGCUCACACUGCUGAAGGAUCCGUACAUUCUUGUCAGCGCAGGAUCUUUGUGCUUUGCCAACAUGGGCGUGGCCAUUUUGGAGCCUACCCUUCCUAUAUGGAUGAUGCAGACCAUGUGUUCACCAAAAUGGCAGCUUGGGGUUGCGUUCCUACCGGCGAGUGUGUCGUACUUAAUCGGGACGAAUCUGUUCGGCAUGCUGGCCAACAAAAUGGGCAGGUGGCUGUGCUCCAUGAUCGGCAUGGUGGUUGUAGGCAUCAGUCUCCUUUGCGUUCCUUUGGCCAAAGACAUCUACGGCCUAAUCGGCCCUAAUGGAGGGAUAGGAUUUGCGAUCGGAAUGGUUGAUUCGUCCAUGAUGGCUAUAAUGGGUUACCUGGUGGAUAUCAGACACGUCUCUGUGUACGGCAGUGUGUACGCCAUAGCGGAUGUGGCACUUUGUAUGGGCUUCGCUAUAGGCCCAUCUAUAGGGGGCGCUAUAGUGCAGGUGAUCGGCUUCCCGUAUCUCAUGGUGAUCAGCGGGGUGGUCAAUAUUCUUUACGCACCUCUGUGCUUCUUUCUUAAAAACCCUGCUGCCCGGGAGGAGAAGAUGGCGAUUCUGAACCAGGAGUGUCCCAUGCACGUGCAGAGCUACACCACGGAGCGCCAUUGCAGAGAGUUCCCCCUGAGUGACGAGAGUGAAGGCGAUCCUGAGGAAUAACACACACACACACACAUUAUAAAGAAUGGAACACUUGCAGACGUGCUGUUAUAGGGAAAGAAUCAAUGG